AUGGCCUCCGAGGCGGAGUUGGCGUCCCAGGGUCGGCUACAGAAUGUCGUGUAUUUCAAGUUCAAGCAUCAGAAUACUCUGGACAAGAUAGCUUUCAAUGCUGCCGAUAUUGCGGUGGGAGAAUUGAAGUUACUCAUUGCUGAGAAGAAGGAAUGUGAUGCCCGUGACUUACAGCUCUAUGAGAUGGAUCAGUCGACGACAGAGAAUGCAGCCUCGGGAGAGCCUGGUAAACUGUAUGACUACGAUGGAGAGCUUAUACCUGGAAAUGCAACAUUGCUGGUGACACGGAAACCAAGUGUUGGAAGGCAGAGUCGUGGUGUUAGAGUGAAGGGCAAUAUAGUAGUAGAGCAUGCACGGUACUUUAAGAAGACUGCAGAAGAGGAAGAGAGAGACUCGUCACCAGCAGACUCCAGUGCUGCCCCGAGUAAGAGGAUAGCGAAGGUACCAGAGACCUGUAUAUGUCCGAUAUGCAACAAUCUAAUGCUGGCCCCUGAGCAUACCCCUCUGCUAUUGCCCUGUUGUGCUGGUACUGUGUGUAAAUGCUGUCUAACUGACACGUGUCCACUCAACAUGGUGGAGGCAUGUAGACUUACUCAGUAUGGGGAUGCAGAAGGAGAUAGGAAACCUGUGGAACAUAAGAUUGUGGCAGCUCAGCUGGCGAGUGUGCUGCAUUCAUAUGCAUCAUAUGACUUCAAGAAGGAGACGUGUGGAUUCAAGUACCCUGAGGGUCUACUCGAUAAAGCUGAGGAGAAGAAGGAGGAGACUGUCAGGGAGAUGAUGGAAGAGGAGGAGGGCCGAGGCAAGGCCAAGAAGAGAGGUUUAGAGGAGGAAGAAGACAUCAUCGACAUUACAGACGAUGAAGACGAUGGUACUAUUGUAGACCUGGAUGAUGAGGAGGCACUGGCUAAGAAGGCGAGGAAGUAUCGGCCGACAGUGGACCUAAUAAAGAAGGAGAGAAUAAAGAGAGAGAAGAAGGAGGAGUUGAAGGAUGAGGAUGAUGAUGGCCAUUGGCGAACAGUUGAACAAAAGAUGAUGCAAUUCGCAAGGUGGAAGGAGGCAGUUGAGAAGGGCAAGGCGGAAUCGACGCCUUCAGAGACGAGCCCGACUUCAACCUCUGUUGAUGAUGUCGUCGCACACAGCGUUACUUGA